GUAUAUAUAAAUACCAAGAAGAAUGAUGUUUCGUAAAUGUAAUUUUCUUCUUUGUUAACUUUCAAAUGUGUGCGUCAUCAGCUGAUUGCGUACUACAGUGAUCGGAAAAAUAAACGUUUGACGAAACGUUUUUGAUUUAUUCACCCUGUGUACUUGUAAUCGUAGCAAUAGACAUAUAUAUUUAGUUUUAAGGUUAAUUGUGCAGUUGUGAAUUAAAGCGUGCAGUUUUGAUGAAAGUAUAAUUAAGAAAAGCAAUUGGGGUACCAUGCGCUUGUAUUUUAUUAUCUAUACAAUCAUUUUAUCCUAUUGCAUUUUAUCUAUAGAAUCAAGACAUUUUAGGAACAAACAAAUAUCUCCUGUUAUAUUUGUUCCAGGAGAUGGGGGUAGCCAAGUUGAAGCAAAAAUCAACAAAACAACGGUAGUACAUUAUGUAUGUGAGAAAACUUCCAAUGAUUAUUUUAAUAUCUGGUUAAACUUGGAAUUACUUGUUCCACUUGUUAUAGACUGUUGGAUUGAUAAUAUGAAACUGAAUUAUGACAAUGUUACAAGAACAACAAGAAACCAAGAUGGUGUUGAUAUUCGUAUACCAGGUUGGGGUGAUCCAUUUGUUGUUGAAUACUUAGAUCCAAGCAAAGCUUCUCCUGGAGUUUAUUUUAAAGAUAUUGGCAAUAUGCUAGUUAAUAACCUUGGAUAUAUUAGGAAUUAUUCUUUACGUGGUGCACCUUAUGAUUUUAGAAAAGGACCCAAUGAAAAUGAAGAAUUUUUUAAUAAGUUGAAAACAUUAGUUGAAGAGACAUAUAUUAUGAAUAAGCAAGUUCCAGUAACAUUAUUAGCACAUAGUAUGGGUGGUCCAAUGACACUUAUUUUUUUGCAACGUCAAAGUCAAGAAUGGAAAGAUAAAUACAUAAACCGUUUGAUUACACUUGCAGCUGUUUGGGGUGGUAGUGUAAAGGCACUUAAAGUAUUUGCUAUUGGCGAUGAUUUAGGUGCAUAUCUUUUACGUCAAACUGUUCUUAAAGAUGAACAAAUAACUAGUCCUAGUUUAGGAUGGUUAUUACCAUCAAGAUUAUUUUGGAAGGAAUCAGAAAUAUUGGUACAAUCAGAACAAAAAAACUAUACAUUAACCACGUUACAAGAUUAUUUAAUAGAUAUAAAUGUACCAAAUGGUUGGGAAUUUUGGAAGGAUAAUGAAAAAUAUCAAUUAAAUUUUACUCCUCCAGGGGUUGAGGUUCACUGUUUAUAUGGAACUGGUUUGGAUACAGUACAAAAGUUAUACUAUAAACCUGGUACAUCAAUAGAGGAUAUUCCUCAAUUAGUGCCUGGUGACGGCGAUGGCACUGUAAAUUUAAGAAGUUUAGAAGGUUGUAAAUAUUGGCAGGGGAAGCAAAAACAAAAAGUUUAUUCUCAAACCUUUUCUGGUGUUGAUCAUAUGGAUAUUCUUAGAAAUAUCAACGUUUUGACUUACAUCAAAACAAUUUUACAAGUAUAAUAUUCUUAAAUGUAGCUGAAAUUUUAGAAAAAUAGUACAUUAUAAUUUCAUAAUAAAUACAUUUCGUGAUAAUAAGUUGCA